UUGUCAUCAAUUAUUUGUCUCUUGUACCAAAAUUAAAGGUAACUAAUUAACACUUUUUGCCUCAUUUUCUUUUUAAGUCCCAUUUCCACUUAAUUCCCACAUCAUUUCUCAUUGCAAUUUGUAACCACCACAGCAUAGAUUGAAAUAAUAACAAAAAACCAAUUAAUUGGUUGAAGGAGUUUAUUUGAUUUUUGAAGAUGGCUGAUUGGGGUCCAGUUUUUAUAUCAGUGGUCUUAUUCAUUUUGUUAACUCCAGGGUUGUUGGUUCAGAUUCCUGGUAGAGGCAGGUUCGUUGAGUUUGGCAAUUUUCAAACGAGUGGAUUAUCCAUUUUAGUUCAUGCAAUCCUCUACUUUGCUCUUAUAUGUAUUUUCUUGUUAGCAAUUGGGAUCCAUAUGUACAUGGGUUAGUUAACAAUCCUAAUUAAGUUCUUGUUUACACUAUGGGAUCUAUAGUACUUAAUUGUUAUAUGGUUACGUUGCUUUGGAUUAUUAUGGGAUUUGAUUUGUAAUGUUUUUUUUUCUUGUGAUCAAGCUUAGUUAAUUAAUUAAUAAGAUUCAGUUCUAUUUC